AUGGCAGAGAAGAAACUGCUGGACAGCAUCACCUAUCUGUGUGGAGUGUCAGGGUCCACCUGGUGUAUGGCAUCACUGUAUGAAGAUCCCUGCUGGUCUUUGAAAGUACCCACUAACAAGGACAAGCUUAUGGAGAGACUCUCAGAUGGAGAAUUCAAUAUAUCAGAAAUGUUGGACUGGCUAAAUGAAGCUGUAGAAGAUGAGAAUUACUCACUGACUGAUUUUUGGGCUGCGACUGUUGUUUAUCGUACUGUGAAAAAGAUAGAUAGACACCAUCUCUCAGAGCAGAAAGACAGAGACACAACAAACCCAUAUCCCAUCUACACAGCCAUUGACAAGGGAAUGAAAGAAGACCAUCAGAAAACAUACCCCUGGUUUGAGGUCAGCCCUCAUGAAGCUGGAUACACCCAUGUGGGUGCCUAUGUGACCACGUCCCUCUUCGGGAGCCAGUUUGAGGAAGGAAUCGUAAAGAAACAGACUGAGGAAAAGGACAUGCUGUAUCUGCAAGGACUAUGCGGCAGUGCCCUUGCAGAUGUGGAAAACAACAAAACAGAAAUAGAAAAAUGGCUCUGGAACUGGAUCAAAAAAAUUUUUUCAGUGAUGACCAGUGAACAGAGUGCUGCGAAUGUGGAUCCUGUACAUCAGAUACUGAAUCAUCUUAUUCAGCUGUAUGACAAAUAUGAUGAUGAUGAUCAUGGCUGCUCUCUGCUACUGGAUCAUCUGAAAGAACAACCAGUGCAGAACCGCCUGAUGGUUCCCAGUGUGGAAUUACUGCUGAAACAUGCGUGGACGAACUUGAGCCCAGAGCUGAGACUGAAAUAUAUUUCAGAUCUUUCCAUUGAAAUCUGCAAUUCCCUUGAGGACUGGUUUGGUUCUUUAAGCAAAACUGCAAAAAUAAUAACGAAAACCAUCGUAGCGCUAUGUAGCUGGACCUGGGGCACCAAAUUCAACUUUCUACACAACUAUUCUGUAGAAGGGUCCCCAGUUGCAUUGGUGUCAGAUGAGAAGCGAUACCUGAUGGAUGCAGGACUCCUGUUGAACUCUCCCUAUGUGGCUGCCUUACGGCCGGAGAGGAAGGUGGACCUCAUUCUCUCCUUCGACUUCAGCAGCGAUGAUCCCUUCCAGACAAUCAGGCAAGCAGCAGAUUACUGUAAAGAGGCCGGAGUACCAUUCCCCACUGUGGUCAUUCCAGCAGGAGAGGAAGACAAACCUAAAGACUUCUAUGUGUUCAAAGAUGGAGAAAAAGCACCCAUCGUCAUCCACAUUCCGCUCUUCAACACUGUCAGCUGUGGAGACAACCUCGAGGAGUGGAGGAACAAUUACAAAACGUUUCAACUUCCAUACGAUAGGAAAAAGAUUGAGGAGGUUCUCUCCAUCUCUAGUCUGAACGUGAAGAACAACAAGCAGCAGAUCAUUGCAGAGAUCCAGGCAGUGUGCACAGAUUGAUACUGCAGAUGUUCAAGUCCAGUAUAUCUCCAGACUAGUUUUCUUCAUCAGGUUUUCUCUAAUCACUUUAGAAUUAACUACUUCUGUAUUACUUUUCACUGGACAGACAACUUUAAUCACUUUUGUCAAGCUACUGUAAUACCUGUUAGAACAUACCUUUAUUUAAUGUUUCAAGGGUAUCUGCCAGUAAAUUCCAGUGCGUUGCUUCUCUGGUAAAACAUAAAUGCAGCCAGUGAUGCAGGGAAGAUGGCCACAUGGGAAUGAAAUGGCAGAAAGAAAAGUAGAAAAGCAUGGAACCAAAAAAUACUGUACUAAUAAAUAAUACCAAAAACAGCAUGAUUGCAUUGCAAAGAAAAUAAAAGAAAGCUUGUCACAGAAAUAAGAUUACACCUGGAAUAAAGGGGACAGAUAAAACUGGACCUAAUGCAUGGUGGAACUCAAUCUGAUACACUUCAUUAAUGUUAAGCUUUCCUUCAGAAAAGGUACCUCUUCUACAGUCCUUCUUUCUUGUUGGUGGAGUUGGAAACCCUUCGCUUACAAUGAAUUGGCACUUGUGUGGAAGUAUAUAGAAGCCAAUAAAGAAAAA